CAAACAGGAUGCUGGUCCUCGGACACAUUCAGACAUCAACUGUGGCGGUCAGAGAACACGUUGCAGCUCUGCAUUCAUUUCUUCAUUGUCUGUGGGACAUUUGAUUGUUACUUUACUUUUGGAACCAAACUAACCAUUAAAUAUUUACUCCUGUUACCUUGAGAUACAAUUCAACUGCAGGGUGAAAGGGAAGAACACUGGAACAACCAAAAGGUAUGAACUGCUGUUAGUUACCAAGGAGGAACCCAUCUGACAAACAACAAGAAGACCAGAGACUCCAUACUGUUUACAGCGUUCAUAAGGGUUUUACUGUAUCAAACCAACGUCCUACAGAGAUCCACCGGAACCAAACUAUUCUGACAAUUAUCUCAGUAGAUUUGACUGACGUUGGAAGAGAUGAGAUCUAUGUUUUCCCACCCUGCCGUCCUGUUCCUGUGGAUUCAGAGUUCUAGUGGAUGGAUGCAUCCUAAAUGCCAGAUUUAUGACAGUAGUGAAGACUUGGAAAACUUUCCCACCUGGACCUGCAGCCACAUACCUCAUCAUGCAGAACGUUACACUGCUGCCUGUCAAGAUGUCACAGCCAUCGAGGAGGAUCUACUUGGACUUCCCCCUAAUAUCAAUACCCUCUGCAUAUAUAUGACACAUGGUGAAAAUAGAUCCAUGUCUCUGGGCUUUUUCUCUCAGUUUCAGGAUCUAGAGUACCUGUACAUUGAUGGCUGUUUUACUCAAAUCCUUCCAACUGCGAAUAGUCACCUUCCAAAUCUGCAACAUAUGCACUUAGGUAAAUGGGGAACUGACUCAGAUUGCUGUGAAUGUCAUAUUGGGCCCCAUACAUUCAGAGAUCUCGUCAACCUAAGUCAUUUGAUUCUUUGGAGAUAUAGACUGUCAGCAAUGUCCCCGGAUGUUUUCCAUGGCAUUCCUCUGUUACAAAGUCUCAUCAUUACGGAACCCUGUUUAGAGGAUUUGUCAGAGAUAGCAUGCAGAAUUAUGAAUAUUAAGUCACUUGUUAGGUUAUAUGUAGACGCAACAAACAUACGAUCGUUAAACAUUUCAAACUGCUCCGUCUUAAACACCAACGAAAGCAUGACACCUGUUUAUAUAAAUCUAGCGAGGAUUGACUUAUCAUUUGGUGAAAUAACACACAUAGAGGAAGGUUCACUGGCUUGGCUCCAGAACCUCACAAGGUUAGCAGGGGCUUUCAGCCAGGAAGUCCUACUGGACCUUCCCCUGUCUGGGAUAAAACAAAUCCAGGUCCUCAGUUGCUCUGGGAUCAAUGUCAUUGAUAUUGAAAGUAUCUGUAAUGUAGUGUUUUUGUUUUCAAUCAAGAAAAUAUAUGUAAACAAUGCCAAUACAAGCAGCCUCUCUAUGUCCAGUGUUGAAUUGUGCACUGGGCUAGAAUAUAUGUAUUUAAGUGUACCUUUGUCUUUCCAUCCUACUACCCAUUUGGAUUGGCAUUUUAUUUACAGUCUCAAAAACCUUAGUCAAUUAAACAUAGUCGGCCUGGAAGACAACAGACUUGAUAUUUGCUCCUUCCAAAAACAACCAAUAACAUGGUUAACAAAUCUCACUUUAGGGUUGAAAAAGCAAAUGCUUUUUGCUAAACAAUUUAUCUGUCUUGUUAAGCUCCUGUAUCUGGAUAUAAAAUAUAAUUUAAUUUCAAACAUUGAAGACUUUGCUUUCCAGGGAUUGACAAAUCUGGAGUCCUUAGACAUUACAAGGAAUAAGAUAACACAGAUAAAUGCAAACACAUUUUAUGGUUUACAUAGUUUGACAUGGUUAGACCUCAGGAACAAUCCACUUAUUCACAACAUUGAGGCAAUGUCUUUCACACACCUCAUGUCUCUUAGACAAGUGUUUCUCGGGCAAGUGCACAACCCACUAACAGAACCUGUGAUCAAUCUGAAUCUGACACUUAUAUUUGGUGGAAUUCUGAGUCAACUGACUCGUCUGUACAUUAGUUCAGCUAUGAGGCCAAUGCAGUUGACUAUCGGCAGUAACAUCACAUCUAAACAGAACCUGAGUCUCCAGCUCAAAGGCCAGACGGUGUCAUUUCAGGACUGUGACAGACCUUUCUUUCAGUCUGUAACCCAUCUUCAUGCUGAUGCUGAAGAAUUCCUUUGUGGAUCUGAAUUCAUGGGAAAGUACUUCACGUCUGUGGAGACAUUUGACUACAGAUCAAAGCUUUCAGCUAAAAGGGUUGAUUUAACAUCAAUUAAUCAGCUGAUUCACCUGAGGAAACUGACUCUACGACAGGUGGAUCUUUUAAUACAGCGUUCUGCCGACAUCAUUUUUCACAACUUGACCAAACUGGAGGUUCUGGAAAUGUACCACUGCAGGAUUUACUCUUUAGAGGGGAGUUUAACUAAAGACUUGAAAUCUUUGAAAAGAGUGUAUUUGCAUAUAGAGAACAUUUAUAAUGUAUUCUAUAGCUUUACUGAACCUCUCUCUAGUCUUCAGCAUUUGACGUUUAAUAAUUUACAGAUGUUUUGCAGUUGUGACAAUGCUUGGCUCAUAACAUGGGCAAAGGGGUGCAGGCAGGUUGAAGUGAUCAUGCUUGGUCCGUAUGCUAAAACCGGUAUGUAUGCUUUGGAGGACUUGAUAUGCUUGUCGGACAAUGGAAUAGACACACCUAAUUUUGUCAAGUACACAGAAGCCAACUGCACAACAGAGGUUGGCUUUGUGCUCUUUGUUGCGACUGGCCUGGGAGUCCUGUUCUUCAUGCUGGUGGUGUUGGUCCAUAACCUGGCCGGCCCCUACCUCCUCCCCCUCUACCACAUCACCCUUGGCUGGCUGUUAGAAGCCAUGCGAUCCAACACCAGGGGGCGCUACCACUACGAUGCGUUUGUCUCCUAUAGCGGGAAGGACGAGCGCUGGGUGGUGGAGGAGCUGCUUCCCAAUCUGGAGCAGAGGGGUCCUCCUUUCCUGCGCCUCUGUCUGCACAGCAGGGACUUCCAGCUGGGGAAGGACAUUGUGGAGAACAUCACAGACAGCCUCUACCGGAGCCGCCACACUCUCUGCCUAGUCAGCCGCCACUACCUACGCAGUAACUGGUGCUCUCUGGAGAUGAAGCUGGCCACCUACAGGCUGCAGCUGGAGCAAAGGGACAUCCUCCUUCUGGUCUUCCUGGAGAAGAUCCCCCCUCGCCGUCUGUCUGCCCACCACAGGCUGGCUCGCCUGCUGAAAACCAGGACUUAUCUGGACUGGCCCCAGGACCCCCUUCAGCACCAGGCAUUCUGGGACAGACUGUGGGCUAAACUGAAACCUCAGACUGAGCUUGAGAUCAGAGGUUGAUGUUGAACCUUGUGGACUGAAGCUAGACAUCAGCUGUUGAUGUAGAACCUUGUGAACUGAAAAGUGACAUCAGAGGUUGAUGUAGAACCUUGUGGACUGAAGCAUGAGAUCAGUGGUUGAUGUAGAACCUUGUGGACUGAAAUGUGACAUCAGAGGUUGAUGUAGAACCUUGGGUAUAGAAAUUUGACCAGAGGUUGAUGUAGGACUGUGUAGACUGAAUUGUGUCUUCAGAGGUUGAUGUAGAACCUUGUGGACUGAAAUGUGACAUGAGAAGAUGAUGUUUAACCUUGUGGACUGAAAUGUGACAUCCGAGGUUGAUGUAGAACCUUGUGUUAUUGCAGAUGCAAUGUUGACACAUGUUGAGCUGUUGCAUUUGUUGUUGAAAGUCCUCCGUACAAAAUGUCUACCGCUGUUUGAAAUUUGUUUUGUCAAUUCCUUUUAAAUGCUCUGUCUGGAGUGUACUUUUUGCGAUUCAUCUGAAAUUACUUUUAAUAGCCUUAUUUAAAUUGCUCAUAAAAAAGACUAAACAUUUUAUAAAUUCCCUACAUUUUAUCAGAUCCUAUUUGUAUUUUUAAACACCUAAUUGCUAACACAUAUCUUUGUUUGUAUAUUUGUUGCUAAGAGGAACUGAAAAAGGGUGUGACUACUGUGUACUGCAGUGAAUGACUAAACAUACAUACAACAUGUCCAAUGACCAUGAACCAGUUAUUAAUGACUAUACAUGAAUGACCAAUGACCAUGAACCAGUUAUUAAUGAUUAUACAUGAAUGACCAAUGACCAUGAACCAGUUAUUAAUGACUAUACAUGAAUGUCCAAUGACCAUGAACCAGUUAUUAAUGACUAUACAUGAAUGACCAAUGACUAUGAAGCAGUUAUUAAUGACUAUACAUGAAUGACCAAUGACCAUGAACCAGUUAUUAAUGACUAUACAUGAAUGACCAAUGACCAUGAACCAGUUAUUAAUGACAAUACAUGAAUGUCCAAUGACCAUGAACCAGUUAUUAAUGACUAUACAUGAAUGACCAAUGACCAUGAACCAGUUAUUAAUGACUAUACAUGAAUGACCAAUGACCAUGAACCAGUUAUUAAUGACUAUACAUGAAUGACCAAUGACCAUGAAGCAGUUAUUAAUGACUAUACAUGAAUGACCAAUGACCAUGAAGCAGUUAUUAAUGACUAUACAUAAAUGUCCAAUGACCAUGAAGCAGUUAUUAAUGACUAUACAUGAAUGACCAAUGACCAUGAAGCAGUUAUUAAUGACUAUACAUGAAUGACCACGAUGCAGAUAUUUUAUUUGAACAUCGAUCGAAGAUAUUUGUACAGAAAUGUUGUUGCUAGUUGUUUAACUAAAUGUUGUUGCAAAUGUUUUAACUAAAUGUCUUUGCUAUUUGUUUACCAAAAUGUAAUUGCUAGUUGUUUAGCUAAAUGUAGUUGCUAGUUGUUUAACUAAAUCUAGUUGCUAGUUAUUUAACUAAAUGUGUUGUUAGUUGUUUAACUAAAAUGCAGUAGCUAGAUGUUUAACUAAAUGUAAUUGCGAGUUGUUUAGCUAAAUCAUGUUUCUAUUUGUUUAAAUAAAUGUGUUGCUAUUUGUUCAACUAAUUGUAGUUGCUAGUUGUUAACUAAAUGUAGUUUUUAGUUGUUUAACUAAAGGUAGCUGCUAGUUGUUUAACUAAAUGUGUUGCUAGUUGUUUAAUUAAAUGUAGUUGCUAUUUCUUUAACCAAUUGUAGUUUCUAUUUGUUUACCUAAAUGUAGUUGCUAGGCGUUAAACUAAAUGUGUUGCUAGUUGUUUAACUAAAUGUGUUGCUAGUUGUUUAACUAAAUGUGUUGCUAGUUGUUUAACUUAAUGUGUUGCUAGGUGUUUAACUUAAUGUGUUGCUAGGUGUUAAACUAAAUGUGUUGCUAGUUGUUUAACUAAAUGUGUUGCUAGUUGUUUAACUAACGGUGUUGCUUGAGUGUAGCCUGUAUAUGGUUCAUGGCUCAUAUAUUUGAUACAUGUCUUAACUCAUGGGUGUGGGGAGGUGUACCCCUUUCUGGACAAUGAAGUAAUUUCUGCGCAAUAUUUGAGGUAACAUAGUUUUAUUGAAUUAUUUCAUUACUGUUUAUGCUUUUGAUAAAGGCAUUCAUCCGAAAUGUUGGAAACUGUCUUCUGUUUUUAAAUAAAGAGCAUCCCUG